AUGAGCAAAGACUCCUCAGCAACAUACCUACACAUGCACCAACCAAAGCUAGCCGACCUCUUCGAAGAAUUCACGCGACCCCACACCUCAACAGCAACAAACCCAAGCAACGACCCGCACAACAGCACCAGCAACAGCCGCGACGCAAACACAAUAACCUACGGCUCAACCUCCCCCGCCACAAUUCCCUCCUUCCUCCCCAUCGAAGACAUCUACGUCGCACCUCAGUACCAGCCCCCAAACCCUGAAGACGAAGACGACGUCGUGCCAGACCAACAUGCUGCCUUUGGUAUUACGCGCGCCAUGGACCGCAGGCAUGAGGCUGUUUGGCGGGAUCUCGGGCUUGAGGCGCUUGUGAAUGGUGAGGGGCAUGGGGCUAGUGGCCCUGUUGCCGCUGGGGGUACGGGUGCUGCUGGUGCGGCUGGGUCUGGGCCUGGGGCUACGAUUCGGGGGAGUGGGGGUGGUGCUGCGGCGGCUGGGGCGCCGGUUGUUAGGGUGAGGGAUGCUGGGAGGAGGAUGGGUGGUAGGAGGGUGGUUGGCUUGAGGUGA